GGCAGGAGGCCGCGGGCCGCGCUGGCCGCGUCCGGCCGCCUGGUCCAUGGCCUGAGUGCCAUGGCCGCGGUGGUGCGCUCGCUGAGCCGCUGCCUGCUGCUGGCCGAGACCCGGGACCCCGAGCGGGAGGUGCGGCGGCACAGCAGAGCCAUCGAUGCGGGGCUGGCCUGGGAGCGGCGCGCCGGCCGCCGGCUGGUCCACAUCCUGCUGCUGGGCGUGGGCGAGAGCGGCAAGUCCACCUUCCUCAAGCAGAUGCGCAUCAUCCACGGCCGCGAGUUCGACCACAAGGCGCUGCUCGAGUUCUGCGACACUAUCUUCGACAACAUCCUCAAGGGCUGCAGGGUCCUCGUGGACGUGCGGGACAAGCUGAGGAUCCCCUGGCAGCACUCGGAGAACGAGAAACACGGCAUGUUCCUCAUGGCCUUUGAGAACCCGGCAGGGCUGCCCGUGGAGCCGGCCACCUUCCAGCUGUAUGUGCCUGCACUCAGCGCCCUCUGGCAGGACUCAGGCAUCCGAGAGGCCUUCAACCGCCGGAGCGAGUUCCAGCUGGGUGAGUCGGUGAAUUACUUCCUGGACAACUUGGAUCGCAUCGGCCAGCUGAACUACUGCCCCAGCAUGCAGGGCAUCCUGCUGGCCCGCAAGGCCACCAAGGGCAUCGUGGAGCACGACUUUGUCAUCAAGAAGAUCCCCUUCAAGAUGGUGGACGUGGGUGGCCAGCGCUCACAGCGGCAGAAGUGGUUCCAGUGCUUUGAUGGCGUGACGUCCAUCCUGUUCCUGGUGUCAUCCAGUGAGUACGACCAGGUGCUCAUGGAGGACCGGCACACCAACCGGCUGGCAGAGGCCAUGAGCGUCUUCGAGACCGUCGUCAACAACCGGCUGUUCGCCAACGUGUCCGUCAUCCUGUUCCUCAACAAGACGGACCUGCUGGCUGAGAAGGUGCCCUGCGUCAGCAUCCGUGCCCACUUCCCCGACUUCCGCGGGGACCCGCGGCGGCUAGAGGACGUGCAGCGCUUCCUGGUGCACAGCUUUGAGCGCCAGCGCCGCAGCAGCAGCCGCAGCCGCCCACUCUUCCACCAUUUCACCACGGCCAUCGACAUGGACAACAUCCUCUUCGUGUUCCAUGCCGUCAAAGACACCAUCCUGCAGGAGAACCUCAAGGACAUCAUGUUGCAGUGAGGCCCUGAACCCCGGACCAGGGACAGCACCCUCAGCAAGGCCCCCUGGGACCCAGGACACCAUCCUGCAGUGAGGCCCCUGGCCCCGGGAUCAGGGACCCCAGACCCGCAGGGACACCAUCUGCAGUGAGACCCCCCCUGGGACCUGGGACCUCAGACCCGCAGGGACACCAUUCUGCAUUGAGGCCCCGGGACUCGGGACCAAACUACUGAAGCCACCUCCACCUCCAAUUCCCAGCCGGUGGGCGGGCAGGCUGGCUGGGGACCAAGGAGGCCACCCGCCUUACCGCCCCCAGACCUGGGCCCUACAAGCCCCACCAGGCUCACCCAUCUGGGGGCCCUCCCAGAAGAAGUGCCUUCUUCACCCUGUUGCCCCUUCCUGUCACACACCCGACGCACCCUGGGGACUCUAGGUGAUGUGGCCGUGGCGCGCACACAUGGGGGACCUCGUCCUCACCCUGGCCUGGGAUCCCUGCCCCGUCCCCUGGGUGUGAUCCUGGGGCCCUGGGUACGAUCCUGCAGGUAGGGCCUAAACCCCACAGCUGAUAGGGGGUGACCCGUUCAGAGAGGAAAGAGCCCUAUCUGUCCUGUCAGCUCU